AUGACCACUCAAGACGGUUGCCACUAUCAUAUCAAUGAGGGUCUCACCCAUGGAGUCCCGUCCCGGGCUAAGAUAUACCCAGCGGAAAGACUUGCCCAAGGCCAGCAGACACUGGAUACGAUAGUGAUUGGCGCUGGAUAUGCUGGGCUGAUAGCUGCUCGAAACCUCGCCCUUCAAGGCAAACGGGUUGUCCUCCUCGAGGCAAGAGACAGGAUUGGCGGACGCACAUUCACAAGCGACAUCGAUGGUUACGGGUACGAGAUGGGCGGGAAUUGGAUCCACUGGGGCCAGCCGCACGUCUAUGCCGAAGUGUCUCGCUACUCCAUGGCCAACGAGCUCGUUUCGUCCCAAGAUUACACGUAUGAAGAAGGCAAUUAUUGCUCUACUAUGAUCCAUGGGGUUGGAGGGCGGCUAACUCACCAAGAAGAGGAACAUAUUGGCGAGACCGCUAUGUCUAUCUUUUGCAACGUGGAUGGGCAAGACGGCCGCGGGGUCGUCCCUUUCCCGCACAACGCGACACACAAUGCCGAAGCCUUUGCCACUUGGGACAAGGUCUCUUGUCAGGAUCGCCUCGACCAGAUCAAGGACAAGCUCUCUCCGCUGCAGCUUGCUUUCCUUACAUCGACCCUCAUGCACAUUUCCGGAGCCAACAACGAGGACGUGAGUGUUGCCGAAUUGCUUCGCUGGUGGGCACUAUGCGACUAUCGAAACAGCGGCAUCACCGAUUAUGGACUCUUGUACAAGCUCAAAUGCGGACAGACCGGCUUGGCCAAGGCCAUCUUUAACGAGGGCGUCCUGCUCGGGAACCUGCAGUACAAGUUCUCGGCCCCGGUGGUCACCAUUCGAGACGAAGGGGCCAGUGUAGAGGUGACCACAAGAGGCGGCCAACAAUUCCGCGCGAAGACGGUGAUCAGCACGAUUCCGCUUAACGUCCUCUCCAGCAUCCAAUUCACACCCCCUCUACCCACGGGCAAGGUCUUGGCUGCCCGACAGGGUCACGUCAAUAAGGCUACAAAAACGCACUUCGAAGUCGAGGGUACAGCUAUGCGAUCAUGGUCUGGCGUUGCCUACCCGAGCAAGGGCCAGAUGUAUCUGUACGGAGAUGGUCUGACACCGGCCGGCAAUACUCACAUCAUCGCCUUCGGGCCUGAUCCCGAGCUUCUUGCCGGCAAGGACGUCGAGAAGAUAAAGGGUGCACUCACCCAUGUCAAAGACGCAGAGGUCAAGCGCAUAGUAUUCCAUGACUGGAACCAGGACGAGUUCUCUCAGGGAACUUGGGCAGUAUACCCACCUAACUUUGCCACCAAGUACCUGGACAAUCUUCAGAAGCCCGUUGGAAGAAUUCACUUCGCAAGCGCGGAUUGGGCGGAGGGAUGGCGUGGAUUCAUUGACGGGGCUAUUGAGCAAGGCGUUCGUGCCUCUCUUGCCGUAUCCAAGGAACUAGCAUCGCACAGGGCGGCCCCGAAGCGGUCGCACCUUUGA